GCACCCGUUCUGUUGGAUUUUCGCAACGAUACCGCCGAACCGGUCCACUGCGGAACGACACUGAUCAAGCGAUACCUUUGUUAUAAAUGUCUGAUGUAACAAAGACGACGAUUCCGGUGCUGUUGCAAGUGACCGCGGCCGAAGACGAAUUGCAGCCGCUGCACGUGGAAUUUGCGAACGGUGUUCGCGGUUCAGAAGAUGAUAAUCUGAUUGAGGUCGUGAUUUCCGAUAGUGACCUUGAACCUCACAGUAUCGUGUUUAAUAAAUUCACUCACGAAUAUCCCAUAACUACAUCGACGACUUCUAUACCUGGUACAACAACUAACGACAUAAUGGCUAACUAUGCAGAUGUUGUAGAGAAAGCUAGAACAGCUUUCAAUAGUAACCAAACAAAAUCAUUACAUCUCAGAAAACAUCACCUUAGGCAACUUCUCAAACUCUUAAAUGAAAAUUCUUCAGACUUACAAUUAGCCCUAGCUUCUGAUUUAAGAAAGAGCAAGCAAGAAGCAGUAUUGUUUGAAAUUGAAUAUUUAAAAAAUGAUAUUAUCAACGCUCUAGGUUCAAUAGAAUCCUGGAUGAAAACUGAAAGGCCUGAUAAGCCAUUGAUUAAUAUAAUGGAUGAUGUAUUAAUACAUAAGGAUCCAUAUGGAGUUGUAUUGGUAAUGGGAGCUUGGAAUUACCCAUUACAGCUUACUUUGUUACCUGUGAUUGGUGCAAUAGCUGCUGGGAAUAGUGUUGUUAUAAAGCCUUCUGAAAUAGCUCCAGCUACUGCUAAACUCAUUGCUGAGCUAGUACCAAAAUAUCUCAACAGAGAUGCUUUCCCAGUUAUUUUAGGAGGUGUAGAAGAAACAACUCAGUUACUUAAACAAAGAUUUGAUUAUAUUUUCUAUACAGGAUCAACAUCUGUAGGGAAAAUAGUCAGAGCUGCUGCAAAUGAAUACUUAACACCUGUUACAUUAGAAUUAGGUGGUAAAAGCCCCUUAUAUAUUGAUGGCACUGUUAAUAUGGAUAUUGCUGUUAAGCGUAUAAUUUGGGGAAAAUGUAUUAAUGCUGGACAAACGUGUAUUGCACCAGACUAUAUUUUAUGUACUCGUCAAAUUCAAAAUACAUUUGUCGAGAAAGCUAAGCAACUGUUAAAGGCCUGGUAUACUGACGAUCCAAAAAAUUCUCCAGAUUUUUGUAGAAUAGUUUCUGAAAAACAUUUUGUGAGAUUAUUAGACUUGAUGACUAACAGUGGAUCAAUUGCAGUUGGUGGUAGAAACGAUAAAAAAGAUCUCUAUAUUGAACCAACAAUAUUGACUGAUGUGAAACCUACAGAUCCUAUAAUGAAAGAAGAAAUUUUUGGCCCUAUUUUACCAAUUGUAAUUGUGGAUAAUGCUUAUGACGCUAUAAAUUUUAUUAACAGCAGGAGUAAACCAUUAACGUUAUAUGUAUUCUCUUCCGACCAAGAAAUGCAGAAUUUAUUUAUGAGACAAACUUCUAGUGGAUCAUUUUGUGUAAAUGACACCGUUAGUCAUUAUGCCGUUGAAAAUCUACCAUUUGGAGGGGUCGGUCUUAGUGGAAUGGGAGCCUACCAUGGAAAACAUACUUUUGAUACAUUUACACAUCGGAAAAGCUGUUUGAUCAAAGAUUUCAACAUCAUUGGAGAAUCAUUUUCUUCAGCAAAAUAUCCACCAUACUCCGACAAGAAGUUAAGCAUGGUAUCUUUCUUGAUGAAGAAGAAACCAAACAUUAAUUUCAAAUUUCUGCCAUAUUUGUUUGUAUUUGGUCUUGGGGUUUGUGCAACCUUUGCUUUCAAGUAUUUAAAUAAGAUUGCUGAUGAAGAAACGGAAUAAAAUUAAAAUAGGUCAAUUAAAAAUGAUUUAAUCAUGAAUCAUGAUGAAUAGCUUUAUAUUUCUAUCACAAUAUUGUAAAAAAAUAUAUUUUGUUAUUUUUAUUUUUUUAUUUCAUUAUUUCAACAAGAAUCAAAAUGUAUAAGUUUAUUAGCUGCCAUCAGAUAUAAUUUUAUAAUCAAAUUAUUAGUUUCAAAAUUAACUAAAUAAGCAAAUUAAACUUACAUUUUAUAUCAUAUGUUAACUGUCAAUAAUUUAAGAAAAAAUAUGUUAGUUACUAGCCACAACUAAGCGGAUAAACUAAUAUUCCGUGUAUAUAUUUUUUAACUAAAGGUGGAGUAUUUAGAAUAAAUUUUUAGUUUAUUUAUUUUUAAAAUUAUUUCUAUUGUUAAGUUUAUGUUUUUAUUAUUAUUAUUAUUAUUUUUUUUAUUGAGCUCUUGAAAUUGUUAGUUAUAUCUACUCAAACAUCUAAUUUUAGUAUAUUUAUUUUACAACAAAAAUACAAUACAAAAUCAACACUAAUAGAUAAAAAUAGUUAUUAGUAUCCACCUUUUUAAUCUUAAUACAAUAUGUAAAUGUAUGUACAACACAAAUUUAGAUUGAAAGUAUUUUUUAAAUAAAAAUUAUUUUAGCAUUUAUGUAUCAUUAUUUUUUUUACAUAACUUUUAAAAUCAAAAUAAUAAACAUAA